UCCGGGGGGGGCGGGGAAGCUGCCUCAAAAGGUGUUAGACAUUCACUUUAAAACGUUGAAAACUAUUUCAUGGCCCACUGACCUUACAUUUGGACGAGGCUUGUUGAGCAGGUAGACGGCAGGCCAAGUGACGUUUGGGGAUUUCCAGUAGUGCCAACAACCAAUAGGAGGCGAGCUUAAUGAGGAAACGCUGAAGUUCUGCAAAGUUGACUCAAGCCUUACUUCGUCAUCUCACAGUUGAGGCUCUUCACAUGGCGUUUGCUGGAGACACCAUCGCGGUACUUUGCCCUCACCGAAACACUCUUUGAGUGGGUGACGUUAUUCUACCGAGAUUACGUCCAUUUUUGUGCGUGCUUCUGACUGAAGACAUGGACGUUUUUAACCGUACGCCUGAGAGAGGACUGUCCGACUUUGACCUCAUCCAGGAGAUCAUCACAGAGGCUGUGUCUCUCCCCAGGCCGCCGCCUCCUCCCGCCGACCUCUGCAACCAGAACCACAGGAUGCUGCAUCAGAGCCCCUCUUCGCCGCCCUCUCAGCGAGUACUGGUGGGCAGAGGCACUGCGUGUCAGUCAAGCUGCACCUUCACUCAGCCUCUUCAGCAGCUCUGUUCCUCCCAGGAUAUGUCUCACCCCCCACCGUCCUCCGCCCAUCAUCAUCACCAUCAUCAAGCCGGCUCCCCUCGACGUGGCCGAGCGUGUCGGAUGACCUCCAAGACUGCCAGCACCAUCUCCUCCAUGGGGCGCAGGGGAGAGGCAGAGAUGCUGGAGCGAGUUCUGGAGAAGCCCAAACUAGUGGUGGUGGAGCAGCCCAAAGAACGAGGCAUGAGGUUUCGCUACGAGUGCGAGGGCCGCUCGGCCGGCAGCAUCCUGGGGGCGUCUGGGACUGAAAGCAACAAGACUCAGCCUGCAAUAGAGAUUGAAGGCCCUGUCGACCACUUGAAGAAGGUGACAGUCACUGUUUCCCUGGUGACCAAAGACCCCCCACACCGGCCACACCCCCACUGCCUGGUGGGAAAGGACUGCCCCAACCGGUCGGGAAUCUGCGUGGUGACGCUGAAUCCUCAAAGCAACAGACGCCACAGCUUUGCGAACCUGGGCAUCCAGUGUGUGAGAAGGAAAGAACUGGACGUCUCACUUCAGAAGAGAAGAAGCCAGAAUAUUGACCCCUUUCAAACUGGUCACUCCAAAGGCAUCGAGGACAUGGACAUGAACGCAGUGCGUCUGUGUUUCCAGUGUGAGCUGGAGUGGGAGGACGGCACAAAGGACAGCCUUAGCCCUGUGGUGUCCAACCCCAUCUAUGACAAAAAGGCAACUACUACUUCCCAGUUAAAAAUCAGCCAGCUGAACCAGUACAGAGGACCCUGCACUGGCAAGACAGAGAUAUACAUGCUGUGUGACAAAGUGCAGAAAGAUGACAUCGAAAUCAUCUUCAGGCGCGGAUCGUGGAAGGCAAACGGUGAGUUCGCCCAAACGGACGUUCACCGGCAGAUCGCCAUCGUGUUUAAAACACCGCCCUACCAGGACCAGGACAUCAUAGAGGAAGUGGACGUCAGCGUCACGCUACGCCGUCUCUCGGACCAGAUGGAGAGCGAGCCGGUUAACUUUACGUACCUACCAUACAACUCAGAUCCUUAUGAGGUGAAGAGGAAGCGGAAAAUCAAGUCCGACAUCAGCUUCCAGGAAAAGGCCAACGUGACAGCCGAGGGUGCAGCGUCAACAUCAGCACCAGAACAGACCUUCCACUUCCCUCACGCCGUCAUGUCACCAAGCGAGAGGCCAUGCUCAGCGCAGCCGGGGCCCUCCACCUUGGGAGAGAUGUGCUACACUGAAUCCCAGGACUCCAACAUGGACACUGAUGACUUGGCCCUCAUUAACCAGUUGCUGGAACUGCCCGUCUUCAUGGACAUGCUCUCGGAUGAGGCCAUUACCUCAGCCAUCCCCUCUGGAUUCGAUCAGGGCCCAGAUGGCAGCCAGGCCUUCUUUGCCAACAUGGACGCCAACCGGAACCAGAACUUUGGCUUGUACACGCAGGACUUUUCCCACUACGCAGACUUGCAGUUCAACAUGCUAGUCAAUGAGAACCGGAACCUGCAGCCGCCUGAGACGCAGGCCAGCCCAUCCAACAUGGUCCAGGUGAAGAUAGAAGACGAUCUAUGAGGACAGGAAGCACCAGAAAAUAGUCCAAGCCACAUAAAAAUCCAGCCAUUUUCUGUGAGGUAAUGAUAUAUAAAACAUUUUAGCAUUCACAGAGCUUUAUGCUAGAGUUUUUCCAAAACAGUCAUCAUUGAAAAGGCCUUUUAAACACAAAUGUACCUCAUGUGAUAGUUCAUUGUGUUAACAGCCUGUUAGCUCAUCCAGGUAAUAGUCUGAACCAUACAAAAAUCUCACCAUUUUCUGUGAGGUAAAUAUAUAUUAAAAAUGUUAUCAGUUAAUUAGCUUCAUUCUAGAGGUUUUCAAAACAGUCAACAUUGAAAAGGCCUUUUAAACACAAGUCAACAUCAUGUAUAGUUCAUUUGUGUUCACUGCCUACUAACUAAUCCAGGAAAUAGUCGGUACCAAAAUCCUUCCAUUUUCUGUGAGUACCGUAAUCAGUAACCGAGGCCUUUUUAUGCUAAGCUAUGAUAGCAGCUUUUGAAACGAUCAUCACGGAAAAGGCCUUUCCCCCCUGCAAUGUACACCACAAGACGUAUUUAUUUACUGCUACUAGUUUAAACUGCCCGCUAGUUCAAAAUCAGUGAUUCCCAACCCCUGUGCCACGGUAUAGUAGUGUGUUGAGAGAGAUCAUCAGGAGAAAUGACCAAUUUCACUUAAUUGGUCCGAAAAUUAUUAUUUACUACAAAUAAUAUCUUUGUUCAUCUAUCUAUGCCAGCAACAUAUAGUGACAGGCAGGACAAUUAAACGCUAUUGUUGUCAAUUAAAUGUGCAGAAGGUACAUAAUUAACCUGUUCCCAUUUGUGUUUGUUGGUGUGCCGUGUGGUUUUUCUCAUGUAAAAAGUGUGCCUUGGCUCAAUAAAGGUUGGGAAACACUGAGCUAAAAAGUCAGUACCGUAUCAAAAUCCAGCCAUUUUCUGUAAGGUAACACUCCAUACGUAUACAUACUGUAUCCAGUGUUUCCCGUACAUACCACCGCCAUUCAUUUAUUUGUGAUGAGCCGCCCUGGAUGAUAAGCACAUUAUAAUGGGACUGUCUUUGAAUGUAACUCCCGCUUUUUGGCACUCCUCAUCUCUGCCAGAGAAUAAAGUGACACAUCAGUGAUUGUUGUUGCCAGCUUUGCUACCUUGUCACUAUUGUGGCAAGCUUGAGUUGCACAGGAGCUAGUCAGAAGCAAACUUCAGCUUUUUUAAAGAAAUGCUGUUGAGUUGCCACGAUCAGUGCAGUAAACAUCCAUUUACACAGCAUAAAGGAACAGGAGGUCACUAACCCAAACCCCCACCUCCGUCCUGGUACAAACAGCAAGAGAAUUGUAACACAUAUGGAACACUCGAUGCAACCUUAUCUAUUGCACCACACAGACAUCAAAAUAAACACCUGUGCACAAACAUCCACGCAAAAUUACACCCAUAUAACCAGACCACAAGGCAUGCUGGGUAACCUGUGAUACUCUUUCCCAACGUGUGACAUUAUGGACCUGUCCACACGGAAAUGUUCCUGGGAUUUCUUUUUUUUUUUAUGGCGGGUUGAAAAAAAUAUGCAUCCACACUGCCGGAUUACUAAAUAGUUGCAUCCAGACGGGAACGGAUCACUGGGUGAAAACGAUGUGAUACACAAGGCACACCUACGUGUGGCGCUGUAAACAGACACGCAGACAAAACCACGUGACACACCAAACUAUCGACGAAAGAGCGCACGCGCUUAAGUCCGUCUUCUUCCGCUUUCGAAGGCUCAUCUAGACUCACGACGAAGUGGAAUUUCCUCUUGAGUUAUUUUGAAGAAUAAGACAACAAAAUAUCAGGAGAGUGAGUCAUGUCAGUGGGAACACCCAGAUAUUAUGUUGGCUUGUCGUCAAAACAGCCGUUUCAGCUGUCUUCACGGAAACGACAAGCCGGCGUUUUCAGAUUUUUGCAGUCUGGAAGCCGUUUUCAAAAAACACAAUUUCAGGGAACCCAGAACGGCAUUUCCGUGUGGAUGAAAGGCUGAAACCAUAAAAUAUUUAACCGUUUUGACCUGAAAACGUUUCAGUGUGACUUGCCCCUAUACUUAGUGAGUAAUCAGACCCCUCUAGAUACUUUCUUUUUUUUUUUUAAAGAUAUCUAGUGAAAAACUAGCAACUUUUUUGGUCUUAUUGGACACUUGGAGAUUGAAAUGAAAGCUCGUAUCACUCUUCUCCUGCGGGUCCUCCCCCAUCUCAUUUGUUACAUAAAAAAAUACAGAAAGAAACAACAGAAGACACUUCCUUUGUAUUUCAUAUUUCAUAUUUGUUUUGUCUUUUGUGUUUUAUGCUCACUUUUUGAGUCUCCCGCAGCAUCCACAUGCAUCAAGGACAAUUAUGCAAAUAGGACGAUGACAUCAUAGUAGUCCUGUGGGAAACUAACUGCCCAUUAAUGAAUCGUGAAGGCCUUGCUGGUCAUGGCUUUAGUGAAAGAGGAGCUGGUCAGCAUUGCCAAAUGCAUUUGUGUGUGCGCGCAUGUGUAUGUGUAUAGCGCUUUGUUAGCAUGUAGCUAUGAAAAAUUAAAAGUUGUUAUUGUAUAACUCUGUCUGUGACGGCCGGAUAAUAUUCCAUAAACUGUUGUCUCAACGAUAUAGUGACGAUAAUUUUGUGUUUUGUUUUUAUUAUUAUCAUUGAUUUAUGAGAAUCUAGUGGAACAUUUUUAAAUCCUGUCUUAAAAUAAAAUGUAAAAACCUCAAGAACACAUUCAGUGUAGUUUAGAACCUGUUCUUAUAGCAAAUCCAAGUACAGUAAAAGAAAUAAUGCUUGUAUAACAUUCCCAUGUAAAGACUGUGAAUACUGUAACUACAGCA